AUGGCUUCCAAUGCGUACGAUCCCGAGGCCGGCAAGUUCGCCAUGCCGGGCGGCCGCCGCACACUCCGGCUCAUGCUGGCGCGCAAGUCGCGCCUGGUGAUUGGCGUCGCCGCGCUCUUCACGAUCAUCUUCUACCUCUCCCAGAAUGGCCCCAGCACUGUCGUCCCGCCACCGCCCGUGGUCGUACCAGUCGGCGGCGACGGACGGCUACCCGUUGACGACAUCUGGGACGACGUGCCGCCGCCCGUGGAGGGCGUUCAAGGCAAGGCUCCCGCCCCACCCAGUCGCCCUCCACGCCCCGACCACCCGAAGUACUAUAUCAUUGACGAGAACGGCGACCACUUCCUCCCCAACGCCGGGCGCAAGGUGGCGCCCAUGCACCCGGGUCAGAAGGAUAUCGUGGACCCCGCAGACCUGUUCCCCGAAGUCGAGCUGCCAUGGCACUUCAAGGCGCCCAAGUCAGACCCCUUUCCACGCGAGCGCAUGCGUGAGAUUGUCAGUGAGGCUCCCGACCCACCAAACGCCAUCGUCAAGGCCACGCUUGACAAGAAGGACUUUUCGCAGACGUGGAAGGGUCCCGCGGACUGGAACAAGGCCGGACCCGGUGUCAAGAACGUCCAGUGGCCCAGCUUCGAGCUCAAGGACCGCGAUUGGGAGAGCACCGAGCAAGCCGAGAGGCGUGAAGAGCGUCGCAAGGCUGUGAAGCGCGGCUUUGUGCACGCGUGGCAGGCAUACAAGGACCAUGCGUGGGGCCAUGACGAGGUGAUGCCCAAGUCCAAAAAGGCGUCCGACCCUUUCAACGGCUGGGGCGCGUCCAUUGUGGACACCCUCGACACGCUGUUGGUCAUGGGUCUGCAGGAGGAAUACAACCUGUGUCGACGACACGUCAACCAGAUCAACUUUCACUGGAUCACCGGUCGCGACUGGUCGCAGGGCUACAUCGGCCUGGAUGGCGAGCUGGACGCUCACGGCAAGCAGUGGACAAUCGACCGUGACCGCACUGCCGGCCUCCCCGUCUUUGAAACCGGUAUUCGCUACCUCGGUGGACUGCUCGGCGCCUACGACCUGACUGGCGACAAGCUCAUGCUCGACCGUGCUGUGGACAUUGCCGAGGUUCUCGGUCGCGCAUUCAACACCAAGUCUGGUCUUCCGCAGGGCUCGCGUAUCGACCCGGGCCAAGAGUCGGGCGUGUACCAGCUCGGCAGUGUCUCCGUCGCCGAGGUUGGCAGUAUGACCCUCGAGCUCAUGCGCCUGUCGUUUGCUACUGGCGACCGCAAGUGGUUCGACCUCGCGCAGCGCGCCAUGGACUUUAUCGACAAGAAGAUUGUGCCCCGCUCAAAGUUCAAGCCCCUCAUCCCCAUGCACUUUACCCCGGACGCGGCGUCCCAGACGGCCCUCACUGGUGGAUUUACGUUUGGCGCCAUGUGCGACUCUUACUACGAGUACCUCAUCAAGACGUACAAGCUUCUCGGCGGCAACGAGAUUGCCAAGCAGUACAAGCGCUUGUACGAGGACAGCAUUGACGCAGCGCGCAAGCUGCUCUUUGUUGACAUUGACAUUGUCCCCGACACCAAGCUCAUGACGAUUGGCAAGUGGGAGCACAACGGUCUCCACAACGAGACCGAGCACCUCGCGUGCUUUGCGGGAGCCAUGCUGGGUCUCGGUGCCAAGCUCCUCGACCGUCCUCAGGACAUGUCCGAUGCCGCCAAGUUUACGGGUACUUGCUACUGGCUCAGCGCCGCGACCAAGACUGGAAUCCAGCCCGAGGUCGUGCACUUUUACAGCGGCGACGACGAGUCGCGGUUCCAAAACAUGACGACCGAGCUCGGACCCAAGGGCGAGCCCCGCAUGUGGCACCCGCCCAUCAGCCAGCCGUUCCAGGAAGACCAGAUCAACUAUGCCAAGAUGCACAAGAGCAUGAAGGGCGAGUGGCUCUACAACGACGACCACAGUCCCGUGGCCAACAACUCGGGACGUGUUGGCAAGAACCCCAUCACCUACUACCGCCACCUCGUGGGCGAGCCGGCUGGAACCAAGCGCGUCGGCACGUACUACAUCAACCGCCCCGAGACGAUCGAGUCGGUCUUUUACAUGUGGCGCCUCACUGGCGACCGUGGAUGGCAGGACAAGGGUUGGCGCAUGUUCACCUCGUGGAUGGAGCACGCCAAGGUCGACGGCGGCAUCAGUUCCAUCCAGGACGUGACUGUCGACCCCACCACUGGCCGCGGCGUCCUGCACGGCGACAACAUGGAGUCGUUCAUCUUCGCCGAGACGUUCAAGUACCACUACCUGCUGCAGGCGGACCCUCUGCUCCUCAACCUGGACGACUACGUGCUCAACACCGAGGCCCACCCGUUCAUCGUCGACCCCAAGACGACCAAGCCGGGCUCGCAGGGCCUGUGGAAGCCCGUCGACGACGCCGACGCCGACCUCGGCGUGCGCGGCGAGGGCACCGACGCCCAAAAGUGGAUGCGCCUCAAGGCCCUCGAGGGCAAGCGUCCCAGCACGGCCAAGCCCAUAAACCCCAGGUUAAAUGGUGGAGGCGGGCAUGGAAUGGGCGGCGGCGCCGGAGCUGGAAAGCUCGGCGUCUCGCCCGAUGUCAUCGUGUAA